UACGAAUUUGGCUUCAUGCAGGUUAAGACGUUACCUGUCACCUGUAACGGAAGAGUCUCUGUUGAGGAGAAAGGAGCAACACCCACAGCAAUGGCUCUGUCGCAGCACCUGGACGACUCACCUCUCAGGCUGGGCCCGAAAUCCACCGGGGUCGAGGACCUGAACCUACAGGAGGUUUACAACGAGAGACACCGGCUGGCUUUGGAGGAGCUGCUGUCGGGAGGGAUCGACAACUUUCUGGACUUCCUCAGGAGGGAGAGGAUCCCCAACUUUCUGUCGGACGAUGAGAUGCAGCGGAUCAGCAGCGCCGCCGUGCCCCCGCGGUGUGCGUCCCUCCACGGGGAGGACCGGAGUCUGGAGCAGUCGCUCGGCAGCUCCGUGGAUUGCUCCUCCGUCACUUAUUUCCCCGAGGUGUCUGACUUGGAGCCGCCCGAGCUGGAGAUCGGCUGGCCUGGGUUCACCGCCGGCUCGUACCGGGGAGUCACACGGGCCGUGGCCCACUUCCAGCCCAACUACGGGGAGUGCAUAUACAGCUGCAAGGAGGCUGCGAGGCGUAUGAUCAAAAGUGCCAGAGAGGUGAUUGCCAUAGUUACAGACUCCCUGACAGACCUGGAUAUCUUUAAGGAUCUUCAGGACGCUUGCUGCCGGCGCAAAGUCCCUGUCUACAUUCUGCUGGACCAAUCAUGUGCUCCUGCUUUCCUCAAGAUGUGCCAAAAUGUUGGCGUUCGCCUGGAUGACCUUCGGCAAAUGAGAGUGCGAACCAUAACAGGCACAACUUAUUACAUGAGAUCUGGAGCAAGGAUUACUGGGGAAGUUCAUGAGAGGUUCAUGCUAAUUGAUGGAAACAGAGUGGCGACAGGUUCCUACAGGUACAACUGGACUGAUGGCAAACUAAACAGCAGCAACCUAAUCGAGCUUUCUGGUCAGAUAACAGAGAAAUUUGACGAGGAAUUCCGCGUCCUCUACGCCCAGUCUUUACCCAUAAACACUCAAGGACCUCCAAGUGUCAGAAACAGUGGCAUCUACGAGCAUCUCCUCAUCAAACACUCAGUCGCCUCUUCCCCUCACCUGACCAGCACACCCAGCCGUAAGCCCCUAAACCUAGCUGUCCAGCCCCCGUGUGAACCAUUGACUCCAGAUCAUCCUAAAUCCGGCCCGGUGUCUGACUCCUCCACCAUAGGUGAGGACUUGACAGAACAGCAGCACAUGCAUGAGGAUAUCCUGGCUGGCAGCACAACUCAACGCUUUCCUGCAGAUCAGCUAGCAGAGAAAGAGCCAGCGACCGUCUCCUGUCACGCCGCCACUCAGACCAGCCGGUCAGUGACGGACAGUGACACUCAAACUGACCUCCAGCUCUCACAACACCCCGACCUUAUCACACCAAAGAGCACAGUGCCAGACCAGGCCACCGCUCCAUCGUUUACCUCUCCUAGACAGAGCUCACCCACACAGGCAGCUCCAGAUGGCACCUUAAAGGACUCCUUCAACAACUUGACCAAAGAACGCCACUACCAUUACUCCACCAUCCGCUCCAAGCUGGAGCACAUGGUGAGCUCCCUGUCCCAAAGGCAAGAGCUGGCGGACGUCACCAACAUGACUCACAGGCCUGGCGCUCACAGCAGGCAGAGGGUGCACAAAAACUGUGAGCAGGAACCAAACCCCAGACUGCUUGUUGAAAGUGUGGGCAUGGGCACAUGGCCAAGAGCCAGAUGUGUACACUAGUUUGUCUUCAGGGAUUUCAGAGGUGGAGGGUAGUUGGAGAAGAGCUAUAGCAAGAUAUCUUGAGGAUCCUCUGUUUCAAAUAAACGGUUUAGGCUUGUGCACUAAAAUUCAAUUUUUUUUUCUAUUUGUCUUAUUUAUUCUGUAAUGGUAAGGCAGUAUCGUGUUCAACAAAAAAUAAAAGUAAAAAUUCUCCCAAGGACAUUCAUUGUUGACCAUGUCAGUUUCUGAGCCAGUUAAAACUAGAAAAUAUCUGCUGUAUUAUGAGUGAAAAUGCACUGAAGCUCUGUUUUGAUAAUUGUAUCACAUUUUGCUGGUAACUGCAUCCGAUCAACAUAUAAUAGAGCAGCUCUCACUGUGCUUUCUUAAUAAACACUAUU